UUUGUAUUGUGUUGUUCGGUUAGAAAUAGAAGAAACAAAACAAAAACGAAAACAUAUCGAAAUGAGUUGCUAUAAUGAUGAUGAAUUAACUCCGCCAGCAUGGAUUGAGGAAGAAUUUCUACAAGAUGUUCUAAGCCAAUAUGAAGGAAAGCCGGUGGCUGAGAUUAUAAAAUUUGAACUAAGUCCAGCGAGCAUGAAAGGUGAUCAUUACUCUACAGUCAUGUUGCGUUGUAAAGUGGAAUAUAAAUUAGACCAACUGCCUAAGCAGGCUAAGCAGAAAUCUUUAAUUAUCAAAACCAUACCAUCGGAAGAAGGCAUGAAGAGGGAUUUGUUGUUGCAAUCCAGAGUAUUUGAAAAUGAAAUUUCCAUGUAUACAAAGACUUUGCCAAAAAUCGAAAAGAUUUUAGAGCAGUUUGGAGAACCAACUAAGUUGUCGGCAGGCAUUGUCUACCACUCGUUGGAACCUCAUAAAGUCAUAAUUUUGGAAGAUCUCUGCGAAUUGGGCUAUACAGCUAUACGUGGACGUUUUCUGCAUGAGCAUGAGUUAAAGGCUACCUAUACAAAAUUGGCAAAAAUACAUGCAGUCACCUAUAUGUUGGGUCUUAGCGAAGAUCAUCAUCUGGUCACCAAUUAUCAGGAUGGUUUUAUGAGCAAAAAAUCUCCAAUUUUCACUGAAAUAUUGAAUAACGGUCUAAGAAAUUUCAUAGAUUUGUUAUUAUCCCACAAGGAAUUGAAUAUCUAUGUGGAUAAUAUUCAGGUCAUGCAACAGGAAGUGGAACAGGCCUGCAAUGAUAUGUUCAAUGCUUAUAGCCUAAAUAAAGGCCAGAGUGAUGAUAUUCUAGUCUUGAAUCAUGGAGAUUUUCACAUAAAAAAUCUGAUGUUUAAAUUCAACGAAGCCAAUGAAAUGGAGGACAUGAUAAUGGUGGAUUUUCAAGGCAGUUGCUAUGCUCCUUCCAAUUUGGAUAUGCAAUAUUCUCAGUUUCUAUUGCUAAGUCCAGAGAUGAGAACUAAACGUCAUGAAAUUUUACAUUUCUAUUUUACGGAAUUUAUUAGAAUUUUAAAGAAAAUUAAUUAUCAAGGAAAGUUACCCAAAUACUCGCAGUUUCAAAUGAGCGCCUUGAAAUAUAGACAUUUUACGCUUUGCUUAUUGGCCGUCCUCUAUCCCAUGGUUGUGCCUUUCUUUUAUAAAUCAGCGGAAGAUCUUAAAGAUGCGAAUACCAAUGAAAUGAUUGAGAAUCCCGAGGUAGUUGCUUUAAACUACAAAUUACCCUGUUAUGUUGAGGAAAUCCAUAAACUAAUGCCUAUUCUGCUGUAUGAAGGAUAUUUGGACUGA